GUCUGCGAUCCGGACAUGGCGAACUCGCCAAGGGAAGAACACAGCCUCUGCAAACACCGGGGGCAUUGUCACAUUCGGCACUUUCGGAAAGGAAGCCGUCGCUGACAACCGACAGGACAGUCUUUGCCUCUCCGCUUCCUAACGCCUUGGAGUUAGACGGCCAAGGUGCUGACCUUCAACUUGGUGGACGUACACUAUCCGUACGACCAUGGUUAGCAAGUGGUUGGUGAACGAAGGGCCCAGGUGGGCUUUCACGGCCAUAUGGAUAGGCUUGAAUAUAUUUCUAUUCGCCUGGUUUUGCCACUUUUUCGAGACAGCAGAUGACUUCUGGUACUUGCGUCGAUACAUCGGGGUGGGAUUAUGCUUAGCUCGUGGUGCGGCCGUGCCCAUCAAUCUGAACUGCACCUUGAUCCUACUGCCUGUCUGCAGAAACUUGAUAUCGCUUGUGCGAGGUUCUGGAAUAGGUGUGUGGAGAUGGAUGAGGCGACUUUUGGACAAGAACUUGACAUUUCACAAAACCCUGGCGUGGGCUAUCCUCUUCUGGUCAGCCAUUCACACCGGAGCUCACUUCUGGAACUACCAUCGCGUGGUGACCGUUUGGGAGGAGAACCCUGGCAUGACCUGCAUUCCACCAAUGUCUAACCCUGUGCGAGGGCCGGGAAAUGAUCCCAUCAUCAUUAUGUGGGCAACAGUGGCUGGCUUCACUGGGUUUAUCAUUCUCGCCGUUUUCUUCCUAAUGAUCACAUCGUCAAUUGAGGUCAUCCGGCGCUCCUAUUUUGAAGUGUUCUGGUACACUCAUCACUUGUUCCUCAUCUUCUUUGCUGCCUUCCUAGCUCAUGGCUUUGGGGAAUUGAUCGUUGGGCAGAACAACACGGAUGAGCACAAUCCUGAAUUCUGCUACAGUAGGAAUCGGAGGUUCGCCAACGGAACAUGCGAGACGGUCAUCAUCGAUGGAUCCGGCGACCGCAACCAGUGCGAUUUGAACACGGCGACGUUCAGCCACGCUGGAGCUCAAUCAUGGAAGUGGGUGGUAGGACCGCUUGCCCUCUACUUCCUGGAGAGGGUUAUCCGCAUUUGGCGCUCCUGGCAUCCGGCCACCAUUUGCCGGGUGGUGCAACAUCCAUCCAAGGUGCUGGAGAUUCAAAUGCAGAAGGAAGGGUUCUAUGCCGACGUGGGUCAGUAUGUGUUCAUCCAAGCACCAGAGAUUGCACCGCUCGAGUGGCAUCCGUUCACAUUGUCCUCGUCUCCAGAAGAAGACUGUUUCAGUGUGCAUAUCCGCAUCGUUGGUGACUGGACAGAGAACUUGGCUCGCAGAUGUGGCAUGAAUGUCAGUGGCAAGGCAGAGGAUGAGCCACCACCGAUCAGCGCACCCCCUAAAUUGCUGAUCGAUGGACCCUUUGGAACGGCUAGUGAGGAUGUGUUCAAGCAUCGCGUAGCCGUGUGCAUUGGUGCCGGUAUUGGUGUGACGCCGUUUGCAUCCGUGCUCAAGUCCAUUUGGUACCAGUCACUGGAGGCUGGCUCACUCAUAUCUGUGCAGAAAGUCUACUUCUUUUGGCUCUGCUCGGAUCUGUCUGCCUUUGAGUGGUUUGCCGAUCUGAUGCGCUCCCUUGAAGACCAGAUGAAUGCUCAGCAGAGAGGCGACUUUGUCCAAUUCCGGAUCUAUCUUACUAGACCUGGCAAUACUGCUGAACAGAUCAGAGCCCUGGUUGCUUCUACCAUGGCCGAGGACGGCAGCCCCAUUGUGCAAAUGCAAGAUGCGAAUGUGCUGCAGUUCGCUCGUCCAAACUGGGUGCAGAUCUUUGAUUCGAUUGGCAGCAACCACCUUGGGGAGGAUAUUGGUGUCUUCUUCUGCGGUCCCAAGGCACUGUCUAGCCGCCUGCACACCAUCUGCAACCAGUUCACCAACACGGCCACUGGAACACGCUUCUUCUAUAACAAAGAGAACUUCUAGGCAGCCGCUGUGCUGCACGCCAAUGGUGAGUGUGAGAGGUGCAUGCGCUGCGCUUAGCUAUUAGAGGAGGAGUUGACCUGACCGUUUUUGACUGUGUUGUGAGGUGCAACUGCACCUGAAUUUUCUUUAACAUUUUCUCACAUGUGCUUGCAAUUUGACUUGUUUUCUGAGGUGUGUCAGGUGUGCUGUGUAUGCAGAACAUGGAGGCAUGCGUAACAUGUACAGCACAGCACUAUGCGUGUGUACAGUACUGCUGCUGUGUUGAACUCUCUGCCACACCGCUGGCUGCAAGUGCUGAUUCACCAGCAGCUCAUUAAUUAUUACAGCAAUUCUUCCUUGACUAUGCAUUGACUCUUUUGAAUACUAUUAGGUACUGCUGUGGGCUUGCUUGCUUGUUCUGACAACUGAUUCAGGUAUUUGACUAUGAUAUUAGCUGAAGCCGGACUAUAGGCUUGGAUGCAUAGCUGCUUUGUGCAAACCCUGAUUUCCACUUCUUCACCUCCUGUUUCUUUGCAUGUGCUCGCUUUAAUGCACAGUUAUUCAGAAGCUCAUCAUCUGCACCUAGCCAUUUCGCCAGGCAGUAGAGUAAUGUGCAUAUUAUCUCGAAGUAGCCACGUUGUAAUACUGAUUAGAUCAGUAACACUGGAAAUGCAUGUUUUAUCGAUCUGAAAUGGAUCUUACUGUAGUAGCAAGUCUGUGA